AUGGCUCCCAAGCACCUCCGCUCCCGGCGCCACCACCUGCUCCCGCACCUGCCUGCCCUCUCCUCGCAGCUCGUGCACUACUCGCCCUCCCCCUUCACGCGCACGCGGCGCCACCUCCAGCUGCGCGGGCCGAUCCUGCUUCUCUCUCGCCACGCGCACGCGGCCCCCACCUCGCCUGACGUGCACAUCCACCUGAGCGCGUCGCUGCUGCCGUCCGCGCACGGCUCGCGCGCGGCCGUGCUGGGCUCGUCGUCGUACCCGCGCCUGACCUUCCGCUCGCCGCCCGCGCGCGACGUCUUCGUGCGCCACGCCGCGCGCGCCGUCGCCGCCGACCGCUCCGGCAUCCACCGCUACGGGCUCGUGCACGAGCUCGACCACCGCGCGUCCGGCGCCGUGCACCGCGUCAUGCGCAAGGCCGACGGCCGCCUGCUCGCGCUCAAGACCGUGGCCAAGGUCGACGUGCGCGCGUCGCAGGGCAAGCUGCGCCGCCUGGUCGCGGAGCGCCUCGUGCUGGGCGGCGCGGCCAGCGCCGCCUGCGCCUUCGUCGUCAAGCUCGUGGACGCGUUCGAGACCGCCGACCACUUCUGCUUCGUCCUCGAGUUUGGGCGCUUCGGAGACCUCGAGGACGUGCUGCAGCGCAUGCCGAAGGGACGCCUGCCCGAGGACGUGGCGAGGGACGUCUUCUCGGAGAUCGUACUCGCAGUCGAGGAGUGCCACCGCAUGGGGUUUCUGCAUCGCGAUGUCAAGCCGGCAAACGUGCUGCUGACGAGAGAGGGGCACGUGAGGCUGACGGACUUUGCGCUCGCAAAGGAACUGCGGGUAGAGAGGGAGGGGUCUUCCGGAGAGGACAGCGAGGAGGAGGAGUUUAAGAUUGUGGGGAGGGCGUAUAGCUUUGUCGGGACGAGACGGUUCAUGUGCCCGCAGAAGCUGACGGGGAGGCAGGAUGCGCGGCGCGGGUACGGCGCUCCGUCGGAUGUGUGGGCGCUGGGGGUGACGUUGUUUGUGAUGCUGACUGGGAGUUACCCGUUCGGGAGGAACGUCUCGACGCGGAACGCGCGGGCGGUGUUUCAGGCGACCCAGAACGAGGAGCUGGUGAUUCCGGGCGAGGUGGGCGAGGAGGCGGCGGGGCUGUUGCGAGGGAUGCUGUGCAAGGAUGCAGGCAAGCGGCUGGGGCUGGCGGGCGUGAAAAGGCAUCGGUGGUUCCGGGGCGUGGACUGGGCGACGGUGACGGAGGAGUGUCGGGCGGGAAGCGUGAGGAAGAGGGUGGUGCAAGCGUUGGAAGAGGGAGGGGUUGAGAGCAGGGAUAUGGUGAGGUAUGACGCGAGGAAUGUCGUGUCCGAGGUGGACUUGUUCACGUCGGCGUUUCAGAUCGGGCGCUUGGGCGAGGCGGCGAGGGAGAAGGAGGUGGAGGAGGUGGAGUUGAUCGGCUUCGGGUAUCGUGAGGAAUUUGAAGAGGGAUUGGGGAAAUAGGUGGCCACGUGGAGGAAUUUAUCGAUGCCGAGGAGCGCCCCAGUUGAGGUGUCUGUCUCACGUUGAAGAAUACGUCAUACUGCGUAAAAUUUCCGAAUUGCGUUUGCCUCCUGUGCCA